UGUUUUUCCGGUGGGAUAUGGGCUGCGGAGGCUCCAAGAUCGAGGAGGAGACCGCGGUGAUGCUCUGCCGCCGGCGCUCACGGCUUUUUGCCGAUGUCAUUCGCUGUCGCUACGAUCUCGCCGAUGCACACUUCGCUUACGUCGGAUUCCUCGCAUCCGUCAGCGCCGCUCUCCGUGAGUUGUUGAAUGGGCCGCUCCCGCCUUCUUCCCCUGUACUCCCCCUCCCCGUCCAGCGGAAGGGUGACUCCCUCCAGCCGCUCACUCCGUCCCCUCUUCCGGCGGCCGCGACACUCCCCUCUACUGUUGACCGUGGCCACUCUGGCUCGCACAUUCAUUUCCAUUCCUCAGAUUCUGAUUCGGACGAUGAUUCGCCCCUUCACUCGGAUGGCGCUUCUCCAAUCCACCUCCUCCCCGGGAAUGACUCUCCGCCCGUUGGGAAGACCUACCUCAACCUACACUAUGCCCGAAACCGCCCAGCAGAGUCGUCGGUCACCUAUGAGCAGCAACCUCCGAGUUCCGAGCUGAUACGCUUCGGCACCGUUGAUGAACUUGCUCCCACGGCUUACUCUUACUAUGGCCGCCCGUAUCCCCCUCAAAAUUCCAACUUUUACCCUUCCCAUCCUUCUUAUGCAUCAUACGUCAACUAUGGUGGCGGUAUCUUCGGAUCCUCCUCACCGCCUCCAAACAUUCUGCCACCUGCCAUGGGAACAAGUGGGAAUCCUACUCCUAGUGAGCCUCCGCCACCUCCGUCGCCCAAGGCUUCAACAUGGGAUUUUCUCAACCCGUUCGAGUCGUAUGAUGAUUAUUACGCUCCAUAUACCUCAAGCCGAAGCUCAAACGAGUUGAGAGAGGAGGAAGGAAUCCCUGAUCUGGAAGACGAACCUCAGGAAGUGGUCAAGGAAGCUUAUGGUGAUCCAAAGUUCGUAGCAUCCACAUCAGCCGCUGAAGAUGGGGCGUACUGUUCGAAUUGCUAG